UCUCGGUGUGCGCGCUCGCGCGGUCAGUGGGCGGAGUCACACCUCGCGCUCGGCGGUUCCUCCAUUCUCCGUGUGAGACUCUGUGAGAGACCAUGAAACAAAGGCAGGUCGGGCCGGGCCCCCCCGGGGGCUGUAACGGCAGCGGCGCCGGGGGCGGCGGCGGAGCGGAGGGCAGGCCGGCCAGGCAGCGCAGGAGGCGGCGGAGGGGAGGGGGAGCGGCCGGGGAGGACUCGGGCCGCCAGUACCAGCAGCAGGCCCGGCGGGAGGAGGAGGAGGCCGGGGAGGAGGACGAGGACUGCGAGGAGGAGGAGGACGAGGAGUGCGAGGCCGACAUGCCGGAGGAGGAGGACCCCGGCCGGGAGAGCACAGACUGCGGGGCACCCUCACUCCUCUCCGCCCGCAGGAAGGACGGGGGACCCUCCGCCAAGUACUGGGACAGCCCGGACACCGUGAGCCAGCUCGACUGCGUGAGGGUCUGGCUGGGCAAGAACUACAAGAAGUAUGUUCAAGCUGAUUCCCCAACAAACAAAGCAUUGGCCGUGCUGAUUUCCCAGCUUCUACAGUUCCAGGAGGAAGCCUUUGGAAGACAAGUAACCAACCCUGCCUUCACCAAACUGCCUGUAAAAUGCUUCAUGGAUUUCAAAGCAGGAGGCGCACUGUGUCACAUACUUGGGGCAGCUUACAAGCACAGAAGUGACCAAGGAUGGAGGAGAUUCGAUUUACUGAAUCCAUCUCGGAUGGACCGCAAUGUGGAAAUGUUCAUGAGCAUUGAGAAAACAUUAAUGCAGAACAACUGUCUAAGCAGACCGACUGUCUACCUCACGCCGGAGAUCGACCUGAAGUUGGCCAAUAAACUGAAAGAUAUAGUGAAACGUCACCAGGGAGCAGUGACUGAGGAGAAACAGAAGGCCUCUCAUCACGUGUAUCCUGUUCCUACCCCACUGGACGAAGAUGAGUGGCUGAGACCAGUCAUGAAAAAAGACAAGCAGGUUCUUGUACACUGGGGAUACUACCCAGACAGCUAUGACACCUGGAUUCCCUCCACUGAUUUAGAUGUUGAAAUAGAAGAUCCACCCAUUCCAGAAAAACCGUGGAAGGUGCAUGCAAAAUGGAUAUUGGACACAGAUAUAUUCAAUGAGUGGAUGAACGAGGAAGACUAUGAGGUGGACGAGUCUAAAAAGGCAACUAAUUUCCGCCAGAGGAUUUCCGUAAAGAACGAAGAGGCUGUACGAAGCCCAGAGAGGAAAGACCGAAGGUCACUUGCUAGUGCUAAGAAAAGGAAGCGCUCUCCUUCCCCACAGACGCCAGCAGAGUCCAGAAAAAAGCCAGGCAAGAAAGGCCCGGGUGGUCUGUAUGGGAGGAGGAGAGGGCAGAGGGAUGAUGAUGAGCAAGAAGACCUGACAAAAGACAUGGAGGACCCCACACCAGUCCCAAACAUGGAGGAAGUCAUUCUACCAAAAAAUGUGAAUCCCAAGAAGGACAGUGAGCACACACCUGUAAAAGGAGGCGUGGUGGCCGAUCUAGAUGAACAAGAUGAGGACGCUGUAGCUGCAGUUGGAAAGGAGGAGGAUGAUCCAAGCAGAGGAGAUCAGAGCAGAAUGAUUGACAAUGGCGAAGAUAAUGUGACAGAGCAGACAAACCAUAUCAUCAUCCCAAGCUAUGCAGCGUGGUUUGAUUAUAACAGCAUUCAUGUGAUUGAACGACGGGCUCUCCCGGAAUUCUUUAAUGGAAAGAAUAAAUCAAAGACCCCGGAAAUAUACCUGGCGUACCGUAACUUCAUUAUAGACACAUACCGUCUGAACCCUCAGGAGUACUUGACGAGCACAGCGUGCAGGCGGAAUCUAACUGGUGAUGUCUGCGCAGUGAUGAGGGUGCAUGCUUUCUUGGAACAGUGGGGCCUGGUUAAUUACCAAGUGGAUGCAGAUUCACGCCCCAUGGCUAUGGGUCCUCCCCCGACCCCUCACUUUAAUGUACUUGCUGAUACACCCUCUGGAUUGGUGCCUCUACAUAUGAGGACUCCUCAGGUACCAUCUGCUCAACAGAUGUUACAUUUUCCUGAGAAGAACAAAGAUAAGCCCACAGACCUUCAGAACUUUGGCCUUCGCACUGAUGUAUAUUCUAAGAAGACUUUGGCAAAGAGCAAAGCCGGCAGCGCUGGAAGGGAAUGGACGGAACAAGAGACGUUGCUGCUGCUUGAGGCCUUGGAAAUGUAUAAAGAUGAUUGGAAUAAGGUGUCUGAACACGUCGGGAGUCGCACUCAGGACGAAUGCAUUCUCCACUUCCUACGACUGCCCAUCGAGGACCCGUACCUGGAGAACUCGAACGCGUCACUCGGACCUCUAGCCUACCAGCCAGUCCCAUUCAGCCAGUCUGGGAACCCAGUCAUGAGCACGGUUGCUUUCUUGGCCUCCGUUGUUGAUCCCAGAGUAGCAGCUGCUGCGGCCAAGGCAGCUCUAGAGGAAUUCUCCCGUGUACGUGAGGAGGUGCCACUGGAACUGGUUGAAGCACAUGUUAAAAAAGUUCAGGAAGCAGCCAAAGUGUUGGGCAAAGUAGAUCCCACCUAUGGGCUGGAGAGCAGCUGUAUCGCUGGUACUGGUCCGGAUGAGCCGGAGAAGACAGUGGAGCCUGCUGAAGAAGAGAAGAUGGAAACGGAGGCUCCUGAGGCCCCACAAGCUGAUAAAGGUGAGGUGAAAAAUGAGAAGACGAGUGAAGCUGAGCCCUGCGAGAAAGCUGAAGGAGCGGCUGAGAAAAAUCUGGAGGAAGAGGAAACAGAACCCAAGGAGGAGGAGAAGCCAGAAGACGAAGAAACUGAAGAUAAUAAGGAGAAUGUUGAGGCAUCCAAGGAGUGCGAUCCAGUGAAGAAGAAGAUAGAAAAUGAUAUUUCCGAAGGAAAUGUAGCAAUGGCUGCUGCAGCUGCUCUCGCCUCCGCAGCUACAAAAGCAAAGCAUCUAGCAGCAGUAGAAGAACGCAAGAUCAAGUCCCUUGUGGCCCUGCUGGUGGAAACUCAAAUGAAGAAACUGGAGAUCAAGUUACGGCAUUUUGAGGAGCUUGAAACCAUCAUGGACCGAGAAAAGGAAGCUCUGGAGCAACAGAGACAACAGCUACUGAAUGAACGCCAGAACUUCCACAUGGAGCAGCUGAAAUACGCCGAAAUGAGAGCACGUCAGCAGAUGGAGCAGCAGCAUGGACACAACGCACCGCACCAGACGGGCACCACUGGACCAAGCAUGGGUCACAUGGGGUCACCAGCCCUUCCUGGAAUCAUGGGGCAGCAGCAACAGCCCCCACCCUAUGCAGUGCAUCACCCAAUGCCACCACCCCAUCCAUCACAGACAGGUCAGAUGCCUGGUCCAAGUUCCAUUAUGUCUGGACCUCCUGUGCCACCUCGUAUGAUGCCCAAUAUGCAUCCACCUGUAGGACCUCACCCCCCUCCAGCAGCUGUACCACCAAUGCCCAGCAACAUCGCUGGACCGCGUGCACCUGUGGCUCCUAAUGGCAUGUACUCUGGGCCUCCGCAGCAGCCGCAGCCUCAGCCUCCACCCCCCUCUGAUGGACCAACUCCGCCUCCCAUAGUGCCUCCCACCUCCUCGGCACCCUAAGGAAAUUAAAGGAGAUCUUCCUUCUCUCCACACAAGCAACUUCCACCAUUACUAGCUUUACUUUUACCCCACAGAGCUUUUUUUUUGUUUGUUUUUUAUACAGUGUCCUAUUAAUUGACCAAAUUUAUACGUACAAUUCAAAUCGCACAUCAAUUUUUUUAUUUAAAUUGCUCAAGUAUUGAGUAUUUAUUGAAGAACAACUGCUUGAGUCUAUAUGUUCCAAGAUUUUUUUUUUUUCUUCAUUUUCCCCAGAAUGGUAUUUCUAA